AUGGCCAUCAAUGCUCUGCACGUCUCUUUGUUCUCCACGGUGCUGAGCUUUGUCGGCUUGCAGUGGUGGACCUCCACACUUCUUGGAAGGAUAAAAGCAGAUGGCUUGGUUGAUGAGGGAAAAGAUGACGAUGCAGGGCAUUUGCUGGAGUUACUUCUGGGUUCGCAUGCCACUAUCGCUUUGUUGUUGAAUUUUGUGGUCAAUGUUUUUGCACUGGCAAUUCUAUGUCUUAAGGUAACUCUUCAUCUUUUUGAUAUUUCGCUUUGAACUCUUAAUCAGUUUAUUAUGUUUAUCAUCCAAUCUCAAAUCCUGUUAGACAGUCCAUUCAUUACUCAGCUAUGAUUUUUGGUCUUUUGUACAUUAAAAAAUUCCAUUUCGUUAGUCGUGGAAGUGGAAGGGCCUUUUGAAUUGGGAAUCAAUUUGACUAGCGAAUGAUUGAUUAUAUAACCGUCAGGGGAAUACUGAUAGUUUGCAGCAGGUACCAGUAGGUUCACUAGCGUGUAUUUAGCUGUGACGUUGUGAAUUGGUAUUGCGAGGAAUUAAAAAAUAUGCAGACAUGUAGAAAGAUGUAUUGGCAUGAGAAACGGAAUUUGUUUUUCCGUAUCUGCUGUAUGAAGACAAGUAAUCUGCUACCGUGUAUGAUAUUUGCUUUUUAUCAGUGGAAUAUAUGUUUAUCAGGUUUUUAAGCAAACUCGUUAAAGCUUGUAACAUAAAGUGACAAAAAUGUUAUGAUGAGGAUGUAAUGUAAUAUCCGUAUAGACCAUUCAGUUAUAUUCCCUCCUGUUAAAUGUAUGUAACCCUAGUUAGCCUUUAUGGUUCAUCUGACUUUCUUAUUGUUCAUUCCAGAAUUUUUUCAAGGGCAUAUAGACGUCUGCUCACUUAAUAGAUAAUGAGAACUAUAAAAGGAGUAUUUCAACUAUGGUUGAUCGACUUGGGCAGCUUGAUAUUUUAACCAUAUAUAAGACUAAUCUCUAGGUCUGUUAGUGACGUAUGGUAUCUAAAAACGCGAAUUGCCAUGUAGUCUUUUGGCCAAGUUUUGUUGUGAGGCUAGUAUCUUGAGAAAAAAUCGCCUGCAUUACAUCAUUGUAUCUAAUUAUUAGGUACCAACCAGAUCUAUGAUUAUGAUGAACACAAAAUUUUCAUGGAAGUGUUGAGAAAUUUGCAUUUAUAUUUAUGCUCGCUUGUUUACCCUUUUAAUUGUAUUGGAUAGACUCCAUUUUGAGUAAAAAAAGGAUACUGAUCAAUGAGAUAAAAUUUUCAAUUUAUCUACUUUUUCUUCUAAUGAACAUCUAUUCUAAAACACAUUUUUUUGUUAUAUGCAGACCAUAUUUUUUGUGCAGUUGAAUUCUUCAGAGACUCGGAAAGUGGUGGAGCGAGCAGUUAAUUAUGUUUUCUACAAGGUGAUUGGCAGUUUAAAGGUUUUUUAACAAUUUUGCGCAUUGGCAUUUCUUUUUUUUCAUCGCUGCUGAAAUUUUCGUUCAAUUGUAUCACUAUGGUUGCAUAUUCUUCAAUUAGUUUAUACUUCUAAGGUGAUUGCUAACUCAGAUGAUUUUACAUUGUGAUCUGAACAUGGUACACGUGUCAUAUAUUAUAUUCCGAUCAUAAUAGAUGACGAGGAAGUUACAAAAAAAGUUUUUGUUGGCUUACAAGAUAAGAAGACCUACUAAUCCCAUGGGACAGGAGAAUAGGUAUUGCUUUCAGAGUAUGUGUAAGAGCUAUGGAAACGUUUGUAAACUCGCUGCCAAAGGGGCAUUGUUACCCUGUACAAACCAUGUGUUUCAGUGUUUUUUCUUUAUCCUGACACUUUUCUCGAUGAUUCUUUUUACUCUUAGAGAAGAAAGAAAGAAGAAAAGCUAUGAACUCCAAUUCCACUGGCAGAUUCCAUUCUUUGAAAUAUGAAAGAGGAUUCUAUCCUACAAUCAAGAAUUGUUGAAUUUCGUGUACUACUAAAAGUAUUUGUACUUAUUUUCUCUCCUAAUAACAUUUAUGAGGUAAUUUUUCGAAGAUUGUAUUUAUUUUUGUAUUAGUUCUUCUUAAAUUUGGAAUCUAAAGUCGGUAUUUUAUUCGAUUGUUGAAGCUUGCAGGCCUUUAUUUUUUACUAAGCGGGGGAAGACCGACCUUCAGCUUGUUGGAUUAAUUUUUGUUUGUCUUUUUGCAUUCUAUCUUAGCCUCAUUAGCAACGCCUGAUUUAUGUGUAGACAAGCGUGUGUCUACAGUUUUGUCACCUCGAAAAUACUUGGCUAGUUUUCUGUCUGCUUAGGAACGCAAAAAGAUUAGCUUCACGUUGAGAAGAGGGACACAUGAGGUUAGCGGCGGGGAAAUGAUGAAAAAUGCGCUAGGCAUUUUAGAUUUAUGCUUGUGCUGAUGGUAUCCUCACUUUAUUUCUCUCUUGGCAAGUACACAGAAAAGCACAUAUCUUUUCUCAUUGUUAAAAGUGUUUCUUCCCCUUUUUGUCUUCACUCUCUCCAAAUUCUAGAGAAACUUGUGGGUUUCUCCCUUGAUAUAGGAGCUUGAACCAUGCAACAAAUAAAGUAGUUUUCUGUGGAAACAGCCCUCAAAUUAUCUCUCUUCUUAAUCAUAUCGACUCAUUAUUUAUUUUAUUUUAUUUUGGUAUUAAUCUUCUAAUUUGAGCCACUUCUCGGUUUCUACGGAACAUGUUGAAACCUUUUUAAUAGGUCCUCUCAUAUUGUUCCUGUGGGUGCCUAAAUGCUCUUUUGGAAUUCUAUGUCUAUGUGGAUUUACAUUUGUCCACAUUUACAUUCCAUUCAGGCAAUAACUAUCCUUGUUUUCAUGCGACUUUCUUAAAUUAAUUAGAAAAGAGGUCAAUACUAUGUGCACUAUUUCAUGGAAAUGGUUUUUAUUUUUUAAUAAAAAAAUCACUCUGAGCUGUUUUUCUUAUGAAUCUGCUUUUCGUUAUGGAGAUCAUAGCAGGAAACAAAUAUGUGGUGCAAUCAUUUUUCAGCCAUAAUAGUUUAAUGUUUUUUGACCUGCACAUGCUGAUUCGAUGCUGAUGUCAUUAAGUAGUAAAAGACUUCAAGAGUUUUUUUGGCUUACCCUAAUUUUUCUGAAGCAAUGGUGUCCAAUGAAAUUGUAAUUGUGCUCUCAGUCGGAGAAUCCUGAAAAAUAUUGAAACCAUGGAGGGUUGAAAGCUAUUGGGGAAAGAUUGUCCCGUAUGAUAUACUUAUCUUGCAAUGUGAUUUGCCAAACAGUUUGUGAUUUUAUUUUUCCAUUGGCGUAUUAUUUAUAUUGUUGCAUUUGUUUUGACAGGGUAUCUUCCUUCCAUUGAUCAUUCCACCUAAUGCUUUUCAAGUGGCUAUUUGGUCUGCUUGGGUUGUUACUCUUUGUACGUUAAAGGUAUGAACAUGCAUAAUAUGUCACUGGCGUCCUAUAUUUACUCCCUCUCACCGUUUCACGGAAACAUAUGUUUGACCAAUCAUUACUAAGCUAGCUUUAUGACUUAUCUGCAGAUGUUUCAAACAUUGGCUAGAGACAGACUUGAGAGACUGAAUGCAUCCCCUUCUGCUACACCCUGGAUGUAUUUUCGUGUUUUUUCCGCCUUAUUAAUGGUUCUCUCCACUGAUCUUCUCUGGUACUAUGCCAUUCUCUAUUGCUUUUUGUACAUAUACUAUUUUGUUGGAGGCUCCAUUUUCGGUAGCUUUAUUUUACUUCUACAGUGGAUUUUUUUCUAUCUGCCUGCAAUUUCCAUUUGCGUGGUGAGAUUUAAAUCUAGAAUAUGUUUGUUAGCAGUAUCAGAAGAUUUGUUGGAUUCUCCAUUAUAACACUCAGACUCAAGGAAUAAUUUGUCUUUUGUGUUGACCUAAUUCGAGAAAAUCUUACUUGAUACCUGAUUCGUGGGUAUAGGCGGCACUGGGUUUCAUUUUCUUGAUAUUCUUCCAGAGUAUGAUGUGUGGAAAAUAGCCUAUGGGCAGUAUGUGUUUCAAGUGGGUUCUUCUGCUUCUUUGUCCUGCAUGCUUUGUUGAUGGCUAUCUGGUGAGAGUUCUGAUCUCAUCUCUAACGUUUGAUAGACUGUCAGUGCAAAUAAGAAGGUGAUUCAUUCAACAAUGUUGUCUCCAUUUGGAAAUCUCUUGGAUCAUUGAACCAUUCCCAUAGUUCCCGCAAAAAAAUAUUUUCUUGAUUUGGAAGAAAAACAAUAACUACCACCUUAAGUUUUUUUAUAGUAUUUCAAGACUCAGAUGGAAUUGUCUUUCUGGAAAGCAGGUAUGACUUCUAGUCAUCGAAUAUUCGGAAGAAAAGGAGUGAGGUAUAUGUGUAUAAUUUGAUGCGAGCUGUGUACACCAAGUUUAUGUAGGCCACACCAGCAAGCCAAAAGAUGAGAGGUCCCAAAAUCCUCAUAAGCGUUUAUGUUUGUAGAAGUCCGUGUCUUGUGUGGUUAUAUUUGUGGAAUUUAGAAUCUUUUGGAAGAUUAGUUGAGAAAUUCACGCCUCUUGUAUGGUACUGCAUGUCUGUGAGGAGUGUCUUAUUUGCGAUUGGUAUUUAUUAUUGGUGGCAUUCUUCCAGUGUAUCAUUAUGAUGACGCGAAUGUUAUAAUGAAAAAUCACACACGAAUGGAGUAAUCUUGAGAAAUGCACAAUUUUUUCUGUGUUAGUCUCUUGACCAGUGACCUUUGAUAUGCCUUUUUCUGUCUGCUGUUUUCCGAUCCUUUUUGUCCUCUUAAUUCAUCUUCCCAAAAAUGUUAUACAAUUUUCUUUCAACAGAAAAACUUUUCAAAAGAUUUUUUUUCAUGUUUUCCUCUAUAUAUACUCUUCUUUUGACUUUCCAAAUGUUUUCCCUUGCAUAAUUUUACUACUCUAAUGCCUAUUUUACCUAUGCAGGAUGAGAUUCUGUAUGGUUAUAUAUAAGGUUCUGGAUUCUAGCAUGUUUCUGCUGCUAUUUUUUGAGCCUUCGAGCAUUGCAUUUGAGACCCUCCAGGUUUUGCUCUGACUUUUCUUCAGUUAUUUUUAUCUCCAUGUACAUAACCUUGUGGACGGUUCAUGAUCUAUGGAUGGUUUUGAAGAGCGAUUAAAGAUCUGUUUUAUCCUUGCUGUGUGCUUCUUAGAUUGCUGCUAUUGUCCGCAUGGAAUCAUAGCAAUAGAUUGCAUAUUUAAAUUAGUUUCAGGGAAUAUAAAGAGCAUCUUAGUGUCUCACCUUUAUUUUUUUAAAACUUUUGUGUAGGCGCUUAUGGUUCACGGGUUUCACUUGCUUGAGUUGUGGAACCGUCAUUCAGCUGAUCAUAGCAUGGAGUGCCUAGGGAUUCAGUCCAAUAAAUUUGCCACAGGUAAUAAAAACAGUUAAACCCUCAUAAAAAUAGUCUGAAAUGCUGUAUUAGGAUGGAAACGUUAGUUAUAUUUAUCAUUUUUCUUAAUUAUGUCCAUUUUAUUAUUAUUGUAAGGUUGUUUAACUUUGCUGCGUCUGAAAUGAAGCACUGUACAUCCUAAUAAAUUUUUGUUCUAAGGUGUGAAGGGAAAGGAGAUAGCAUAUAUACAUUAGAAGCAUGGCGAAUGGGUUCCAUAUCCUUAUGGAUCCAAAUAGCUGAUUAGCAACUAUAAGGAAAAAGGAGAUUGAUGAUGCUUGCUUCCCACGUCCCAUAUUUCAAGGGAAAUAAAUACGAACUAUAUGGAAGCCAGACAAUGAUGCGUAAGAAUAACAGAGAUACUCAAAAAGAGAGUUGACCGAAUAAGAGCACGCUGAUUUUCCUGUCCUCUGCCGAUCUUCCCUGUUAUUCGGAUAUCCUGAAAUGUUAGAGACAGAAGGUUUUAAGGUUUUGAGUGACGACUAGGAUAUAGCAAGUUGAUAGGAAGUUCAGGUGAGUAGUCUCAAGAGGAAUAGUGGGUCAGUGAUGUAAUGAGGAGAAUCAGGGAGUGGUACUUAUCCUAUGACAUGUUGUGCGAGGAUCCAUAAAAAUGGAAUUUACUUUGAGGUCAUCAGAGAACUAAUUCCCGAGGACUGUGUAGUCACAUGAAUACCCGAGAUGCUAGGCAGCUUUUCAUGCUCAGUACGAGAUAGGAAGAUGAUAUCAGGGGCAAUGGAAGUAACCGUAGUGUGAUCGAUUAAUAACAGAGGAAGUAAUUCUUAAAGCCGAUAUAAACUUGCUAAAUUUUUCCAAAGACGUUUUUGAUGUAUGAUCUGCUUGUCCACAGCUAACAUAAUGUCACGUACCACUAUGUUGACUCUCAGUUUCCCCUUGAACUCCAUCCUGAACCACAAGAUCUUUCACCGUAACCCAAGUUUCAUCACACAUCAUGGCAGAACUCUCGAUUGGAGUUGUAGCAGAAGACAUGGUAACAUAUUGGGUACCAAAGAAAAUAUUGGAUAGUGAAGAUAAUAAAUCUGUAGCAAUUAAUUUGCUCUGCAUAGAUGAGAGAUUAUGAUUUAUGUCGUUUAGAAAUUUUCCUGCUUUUUCUUUAAUUGUGCAUUCUGCUUUUGAAUAUAUGCUUAGAAUGAUUCGUACGGUCCAAGUUUUUCUCAUAUGCCCUCUUGGUGGUAUAAUAUUCAUCUAGGAAUGAUUCCCUCACUAGAAACGAAAAUCUUUUCAUCAAUCUCAUAGACCAUAGAUGCAUUCGUAAGACAUCUCGUUUGUAGUCUUGACAUAAAUAACAUGCUUUAAUACCAAUCAAGAGCCACAACGUAACAAAAUUGUCAUAUUUCCCUUGUAGAGUACAGUUAUCAUCUUUGACAUCAACUAGUCCAUAAGGUUAGAUAAAAGUUCUUGAGCCCAGAAAGAUGCCCAAGAUGAGUCAACCCAUUCAAUUUUAUGGUAGCAUCUCGUUAGAAUUGGUUGUACCUAGGAGAACUGACCAUGCUAAGUGAAUAGUUGCCCACCGAUCAAUAGAGAUAUGUGAAGUACAGCAAUGCCUGUGGUACAUAUAACACACCGAGCAAAUGAGAUACAGAGAAGCACACCAAUAUUUGUAUUAUUAGUGUUGGAGUUAUCUAAUAUUUAGUUAAUUGAUUGACAAGAUGAACAUGAAAAUAUACACGAAAAAACGGGUGGAUGCUAUGUGCACUUAUAUUUUUGUCUGGGGAGUCCUUUCUAUGCCAGUUCAGGUGGAGAAAGAUCCUACUAGGCUUGCAGUUGAAACGUAAUAGCGCCAAUAUUUAGGACAGCUGCUCUAACAGAAGCAAGAGCAAAAAUUAACUUGCCAAAAUUUGUGCAACAAUUGUUUUAUUUAUUCAUUCAAUUUUAUCUCUUGAAACUAUAAGACUUUCAAGUGAGUGAGCUUGUUUGUAUGGUUGUGUAAUCCAUGGUGUUAUUGAAUAUCAAUGUUGCUUUUUGAUCUCUCGUGUAGGCUAAUUUUUCUUUUUCUUGAAGAAAAUCGCGGUGCCAAAUCCACAGUUUAGACAUUCAUGUGUUGUAGUCAAAUUUCCAAAAAAUUAUGGUUACCUGUACCUGAUUCCACUAUUCAUAUGACCCCAUUCCCAUAUUCAGGUGUCGUGCGUAAACCGUGUGUGCUUUGUCAUAGUACAACCGUGUUAUCAAUGCCAUAUCUGGUGGUUUUGUUUCCCAUGUUCUUUUGUGUUUCUGUCACAAGAACAGCUAAAUUGUCAAUAUGACGAGCAACUACUUAAAAUAUGUAUGCAAAUACCAACUACUGCCAGCCAUAACUUGCUUAUUAAUAUAUUAUGUUGCAGGAUGUUUUGGUGAAUGGAAAGGCAUUCUUGCUCGGGAUUUCAGUUUUCUUCUUGAUAUGCUGACCUUACUAACAGCUCUGGGGCAUUAUUUGAUCAUCUGGUGGCUGCAUGGCUUGGGAUUUCACCUCUUGGAUGCAGUUCUUUUUAUGAAUCUGCGUGUAAGUGAUAACAAAUUUAUCACAUUUUUUCUCUCUAGAAUUCUAUGAUCGCCCCCCCCCUUUUUUCAGAUAUAUGAUUCCAAUAUGCUGUAUAUGUAAAUAAACCUUACAGGCUUUAAUCGGUGGAAUCAUAAAAAGAGUCAAAGGAUACAUCAAACUAAGGAAAGCAUUGCUUUCUCUUGAUGUGUCACUUCCUGAUGCUACGUCAGAAGAGCUACGCACAUUUGAUGACGAGUGUGCUAUUUGUCGGGUAAUAGUUUUCCAAUCCCCUUUUAUUGGUUUGUUUUCAAUGGAAGCUUAAUUAUUACUGUUUAUGCUAUCCCUUCCAGGAACCAAUGUCAAGGGCUAAAAAGCUAUCUUGCAACCAUCUUUUUCAUCUGUCAUGCUUGAAAUCUUGGUAAGAAUUACCCAUAUUUUGUGUAGCUGGGGACAAUGGUUUGUGUUCACAGGGCAACAUUUUUCCAUAGAAAGGGAAGGGACCCUGUUUAUAUAAGUAGUAUGUAUGUAAUCUGGGGUCAAGCAGCCUGCUCUUGGAUAUUUUUGCUUGAUGGAGUAAUCAUAUCAUCCAAGAAAGAUGAAUGAAGAAUUACAGCCUCACGCAUGCUUAUUAUCUCGUUUUUGCAAAGUUUAGCCCAAGGAAUUGCCUUCUCCACUUGUAUUGCCACUUUCAUGUCAUCUAUUAAUAAUACUUUCUGGCGUUACUCCGCUCCACGGCUUCCGUUUCUGUGAUCCCACUUCGCACAUCGUCACCGUUUUUCUUAUCAGGUUGGAUCAAGGCUUAGCGGAUGUCUAUUCGUGCCCUACUUGCCGAAGACCCCUUUUCUUAUCUAGCUCCAGAGAUCAUGCGAGCUCCAACACGAGGGGGGGCUCAACUACUGAACAACAGGCGCAUUCGGGGUUGGACGAACACAGAGCAUCUGCACCUGCGAUUGCGCAGCCACAGAUCCCUCCUGACAGCAUCUGGAGGUCCUCUGCUGCUUAUUUUUAUUUAUUUUCUUAUCUUCUCAGAAUGCUUGAGGCUCUGCCAUGAAAAAUCUAAGGGAUCUACGUCUUAUCACUGUGCUGUUGUUGCAUCCAUUCUCAUUUAAUGAUAAUAAUUAAGAUUUUGCCUAGAAUAUAUUCACAUAUUUGCACUUUCCUUGCCGAUUUAUAAACUUACCUGCUUCUGUUCGUUCGUUGAUUUUUUGGCUUGCUUCCACAUAAUUUCUGUUAUUUUGCCCGUAAUGUAUGUCUUUCUGUUUCCAUGUCGGAGAAGGGAAAUUUAUAUGGGUCAAAUCCUUGGAGAUCUUUCAGUUCUUCAUAUAAAUGACAGUUAUUUAUCUCUUCGCAGCCAUCCAGCAACGUCCUACAGAAUUAAAUAUUGUUUUCUGAGAUGUAAUUGGGUAUGUGGUGCUAAGAAUAGAUAUUAUUGCUGAAAAAUCCUGCUUUUUUAAAAGUCAAUUAUGGAUGAUGAUCUUUUUUGAAACCUUUCGUCCCUUGACCUGAUCAUAUAUAUCUGGUUAAUGCUAUGUUUCUCAGAGAGCCAAAUACAACGUUUUAGCCGCGUCUCACCUUGUCUACUUGUUCUUUCUUUACUUCCAACUCUACCGCAUUAGCGAGUCAACCUCGUGCUCCUUUUCUACCUGCAUUUUCCAGGGGGUCGGGGGUUGACUCCGCGUGGGGACCUCACAGGCCACGCCCUGCUGCGGAUGACGCGAGCACAUCUGGCGGGAGGUCAACGGGCCUGGACAGAGUCCAGUUGAUGAUGAGACACCUGGCAUCUGUGGGCGAAACAUACGCCCAUGGCGCCCUGGAAGACUCCAGCUGGAACAUAUGGCCCGCCCCUUCCCCGUCCGCGUCCCCGUCCGGGCCCUCCCCCUCCAUUACUCUCAGGAACCGAAGAAGCUCUGCUGGGCUGAGAUUCAGGAACCCACCGCCCUCUCCGGCAGAGAGUUCCUCGGAGAUGCUCGCCAUGGCAGAUAGAGUCCGCGAGGUCCUUCCCCACAUCCCCGAUGAGCUAAUAAUCCAGGUACUGCUCCCCGUUGACUUUUCCCUAAUGAUUCCACUCAGUUUGCCAAUUCUUGAUAAUCUCAUUUCCUUGUUCUCAGGACCUGCGGAGAACCAAUAAUGUUGCAAUGACCGUAAAUAACUUCCUCCCAUCGUAG